AUGGUUACCCGUAAGCCCGUCUCCGACGAUAGUUCCAUCGACGCCAACGCCGGCACCCCGCGCGUACAAGACAUGCGAAAGGAGCUCUGGGGGGGUGCCACCGACUCCCCGUCAACCGACGCAGGCAGCGUCUGGGACGAUGCCCCCCAGCAGAAGGGCGCCGCUGCCCUGAACCAGCAAACGAUACCAGAAGACAUCACCGAAUCGCUCAGGCCCGCAGGCGUUGCGGUACAGGGCCCUCAUAUGACCAAUGGUGCUUGGGGCGACGACGACGUCGACGUUCAAGGUCAUGAUCACCGACCUCCAACCGUCGGCCAACCGACGACCGACGCCAACAGUGUUCCGCUUGUGCUGCGGCCGGGGCCACCGCCUGCACGAUCCGAUACAAACCCAUUCAAGAGAAAGGACUUUCGGGCUGACACCGACCCGACAUCGCCGCCGUUGGCCAACAGUCCCCCGACAAUGCCACCGUUGCAGCCUCUGUCGCAAAUGAGCACCGGUGAGAUGAGUAACAAUCCGUGGCAACCCGCUCUCGAUCAUCAUGCCCAAAGAACUGCCACUGCUGCCAACGCCGCUACGGCCAGCGCUCAACAGUCUCUCCGCACCCAGCACAGCGGGGAUUCUGAGCGCGAUGCAUGGGCUGCCUCCCAAGACCCGAAGUUGCUUGCGAUAUCGACAUCCCCGGCCCUACUAUCUCUGCCCUCUGAACCCGCCUCUCCCGCGUGGGACGAGCUGCCGGAGAAUCAGACGAAGAAGCCUGCGGAAGCGCAGAAGCCAGUCAGUAACGAUGUUGCCGGAGACCAACACGCGUGGGACGACUUGGGCUCGCAAAACAAGGGCAAGGCGAAGGCUGCUGCUCCCGUAAUACCUCCUCCUCUCACUGUCGAGGACGCUCCCAUGGACGAUUGGAACCUUAUUGAUGUUGAACCACCUGCUGGUCCGCCGCCGGGCAGGUCGCACGUGACGGACCAGAACCCCGAAACGUCUGAGCGACAGUCCGCAGAUGAAAAGCUGCCUCCAGCUCUGCCACCACGACACGACGAAGAGGUUCCGCCCCGGCAGCCGCCACGUCCCGUAGACGGCAAGUCGGAAACCUACCAGAUCAAGAACGUUGCCUGGUACGACCACAGCGCCGAGAAGAACCCGCGCAUCUCGCCCAUCCUCGUCCAAAACGCCAACGGGCCGUGUCCGCUGCUGGCCCUGGUCAACGCGCUCACGCUGACGACACCGCCAUCUCUGUCGGACACGGCACUCGUGCAGGUGCUCCGUUCUCGGGAGCAAAUCAGCCUCGGGUACCUUCUAGACGCCGUCGUCGACGAGCUCAUGAGGAGAACGCAAGAGUCGCUGCCCGACGUAUCUUUGCUUUACGGUUUUCUCAAGGGCCUCCACACGGGCAUGAACGUGAACCCGCGCUUCGUGCCGACGCCCGAUAUUGUAAAGGCCUUUAAGCGCACCUCGCUGACCCAUCUGCACCCGACGGAGCGCGACGACCUGAUCCCGGGAACGUUUGAAGACACCAAGGAGAUGGCCCUGUACGCUGCUUUCGCCAUCCCGCUGAUCCACGGAUGGCUGCCAACCAAAUCGGACCCGGCGUAUGCCGCCUUCGAGCGCCAGGCCGCCUCGUUUGAAGACGUGCAGACACUGCUGUUUCGGGACGAGGAGCUCCAGGAGAAGCUGGGCACGUUGACGGAGGAAGAGGAGGAGGUGUUUUCGGACAUACAGGCGAUAAAAGCGUUCCUGGAAACAUCGGCAACGCAGCUGACGCCGUCGGGUCUGGACGUCAUUACAAGAGCCAUGAGGCCUGGGUCCUUCGCCAUCCUCUUCCGUAACGACCACUUUUCCACGCUCUAUCGGCAUCCUUCGACGCAGCAGCUGCUUGUGCUCGUUACCGAUGCGGGCUACGCCGCGCACGACGAAGUGGUCUGGGAGUCGCUGGCCGACGUGAACGGCGAGCGAACCGAAUACUACUCUGGUGAUUUCCGCCUCGUGGGCGGCGAGGGCGAGCAGUCGCAAGGCAGCUCCCGCGGGGGCCAGGCCAGCGUCGGCGACAAAAACGGUUCGGGAGGAGGCAAACCUAGAGUCGACACGGGAGACGAGGGCGAAGGAGGCUGGUCGACUGUGCAGGGUCGCGGGCGGCAGAAGAAGCUGGAGCCGCCGUCGCAGUCAGACGAAGCACCUCUAUCGCCCAACCACGAGCAGGAGGACAGAGAUCUCGCACUGGCUCUCCAGCUACAGGAGGAGGAAGAGCAGCGGCACAGAGCCGAGCAGUCGGCUCGUCGGCGGGAAAGCAUCUUGAGCGAACAGUACAUUGAGCAGCAAGCACGUCUGCAGCAAGGCCCGACGACGAGGCGCGUGGCCAAUAGGCAGGCCGUACGAGCGGGCGCCCCGCGCAGCAACAGCAUCGGCAACAUUAACUCGACAGUCUCGCAGGGCAGCCGGCGAAACUCGAACAGCAACGCAGCUGUGCCGCCAACAUCGGGGCGUCAGCCGGGCCAACCGCCGCAGAUGGUGCGGCCACUUGUGCCGCCUGUGGUCCCCGUCCGCCGGUCAGGAGUAAAUCGGCCGGCGGAUGAAGGGUUGGACGAUGCGCCCCCGACGUACGAGCAAGCGCAGGCGGCAGCCAAGUACGAGCCGCCACCCGGGCAUCCACAUCACGCAAGCAGCCCAACGGUUGGGCGGCAAGGCAACAAUGGCGGGGCGGGGCCGUCUUUUCCGCCUCGGCCGAUGGUGGGCGGCGGGCGAGGCCGGGUAAUGGGACCGGGCGGAGUGGUCGGCAGCUCUCAAACGGCUAGAGACCGGGACUGCAUCGUCAUGUGA